CAUUUUCUUUCCACUAUUCUGAUUCAUGGCGCCCUAGUUUUUUAUCCCUGUUUGUCUCCCGUACUAUUGCUAAUUCAACUGUUUUUUUGUCGCACUAACAUCGGUUUGAAUCUCAAAUUAUAUUAAUAUCAUCUGAUUGAGCAAUGACCAUGACAGAGGCUACCAUGAUGUGUAUGUGCUUGUUGUUGCUUCAGCUCUCCAUUACAUUCUUUGUUUUCAUGUGCUGUGUGGGGAAUGGGAAUGCACGGAUCACAAGUGCUUUUGUUCGGUCUGAAUUUCCAUCUGUGGACAUUCCCCUUGACAAUAAAGUAUUUGCUGUUCCAAAAGGUUAUAAUGCACCACAGCAAGUGCAUAUCACCCAAGGUGACUAUGAUGGAAAGGCUGUCAUCGUCUCUUGGGUUACAACUGAUGAACCAGGGCCCAGCAAAGUACAAUAUGGCACAUCAGAGAAAACUUAUGAUUAUACUGCAGAGGGAACAACAACAAAUUACACCUUCUACAAGUAUCAGUCCGGCUACAUUCAUCAUUGUCUUGUUGAUGGCCUUGAGUUUGACACAAAGUACUAUUACAAGAUUGGAAGUGGCAAUUCUUCUCGGGAAUUUUGGUUUCAAACACCUCCUGAGAUUGAUCCUGAUGCUCCUUACAUAUUUGGAAUUAUUGGUGAUUUGGGACAAACAUAUAACUCUCUUUCCACUCUCGAGCAUUACAUGCACAGUGAAGGACAGACUGUCUUAUUUUUAGGAGAUCUUUCUUAUGCUGAUAGGUAUCAAUACAACGAUGUUGGUGUUCGGUGGGAUACAUGGGGUCGAUUUGUUGAGCAAAGUGCAGCAUAUCAGCCAUGGAUUUGGUCUGCAGGAAAUCAUGAAAUAGAGUACAUGCCUUAUAUGGGGGAAGUUCUUCCUUUCAAAUCAUAUCUCUAUCGAUUCCCAACACCUUAUGCAGCCUCCAAAAGCAGUAGCCCUCUUUGGUAUGCCAUCAGACGUGCAUCUGCUCAUAUCAUUGUUCUGUCCAGCUAUUCUCCAUUUGUGACAUACACACCUCAAUGGCUGUGGCUUGCUGAAGAAUUCAAAAGGGUGAACAGGGAGAAGACACCCUGGCUUAUUGUGCUUAUGCAUGUGCCAAUCUACAAUAGUAAUGAAGCGCACUUCAUGGAGGGUGAAAGCAUGCGAGCAGCCUUUGAGAGUUGGUUCAUUCUUAACAAAGUUGAUAUAGUCUUUGCUGGUCAUGUCCAUGCUUAUGAAAGAUCGUAUCGGAUCUCAAAUAUACACUACAGUGUUUCUAGUGGUGACCCCUACCCUGUCCCAGAUGAAUCUGCCCCUGUUUAUAUAACUGUUGGCGAUGGAGGAAAUCAGGAAGGUCUAGCUGGAAGGUUUAGAGACCCACAACCUGAUUAUUCUGCUUUCCGGGAAGCCAGUUAUGGGCAUUCCACAUUGGAAAUAAAAAACAGGACACAUGCAUUCUACCGCUGGAACCGGAAUAGUGAUGGGAAACAAGUUUCAACUGACUCAUUUGUAUUGCACAAUCAGUACUGGGCAAGUAAGCUGGGAAGCAGGAAACUGAAGAAGCAUAGACUUGGGGAUCUGAUUGGUUGGACUGCUCCUUAUUAACUGGAUCCAUGCACCUUGGGUUGUAGCUCGAUAUGGUUUCCCACCUGCAGUGAUGGAAAAUUGAUUUGCUGAAAACAGUUUGGAUUUCAACCCUGUAUAUAAACACACUUACAACCUUCCUUAGCCAUUAAUUUCAGGCUAUUUCUGGAACUAACAAUUUCCUUUGGAGAGUGACAGUUACAACUUUGCUCCUUCAAGUUAUUUUCAUCAUUGUUGACUGGUAAAAUUCAAUAUUCCAUGUUGAAACAAGUAGACAUUGAAACUGCCAACAGAUACCUAGCCAUUUUCAGCA